GAUGGUCUCACACCAUUGCACAUGGCAGCUGAUGGAGGUCACUAUGAAUGUGUUAGACUUCUGCUGGAUUCUGGCUGUAAUGUCAAUGCACAAACUAAUAGAAAUAUGAAUGCUCUCCAUUAUGUGGCACAGCAUGGUCAUGACAGAGAGGCCAGCUUGCUGCUGAAGGCAGGAAUCAAUGUAGAUGCUAUAAACAACCAACACUGCACACCACACCACCUGGCUGUAUUCAACAAUCACACAAAAGUUGUACGAUUGCUUAUUGACGCUGGCAGCAACCUGAAUGCCACUGACAUUAGGCAGCAGACCGCACUACACAUUGCCUCAGAACAUGGCUGGCAUGACCUGGCUGAGAUGAUGCUGAUUUCUAGAGUUAGUCUCAGUUUAACUGAUAAGCAGGGGAAAACAUGUCUGGAAGUGGCAGCAAGAGGAAACCAUGUGGUCCUGGUAGACAUGAUAAUUAAAGCUGACCGUUUUUAUAAGUGGGAGAAGGAUCACGGGCGCAGUGAGCAGGUAAGAAGACCUCUGAGCUUCAAACAGGACCACCAGCCGGAGACACAGCACUUCCGUUCUGUUUUAUGGACCCUCGCCACAAAGCAUCUGUGUUAUGGGGAGUGGAAGAUUCUUGCUCAGCACUGGGACUUUAGUGAAGCACAUAUACAAGCUAUAGAACAACAGUGGACAGGUAAGAAAAGCUUCAAAGAUCACGGUCACCGGAUGCUGUUAAUCUGGCUUCAUGGAGUGCUCGUAGCUGGAGAAAACCCUAUCAAAGGCCUCUAUGAGGGGUUGGUGGAAAUCUCCCGGACAGAUUUGGCAGAGUUCAUCCGACAGAAGGCAAACUCACAGACCAGCUCUCCUAAAAUGUGCUACAUAAUGUGAUGGCAACAAGUUUAUACUUAUCAUCAAGCUAUUGUGUUCGCUUUGUUAAAACUUUCUUUAUUAAAAGAAAUGCAAAGGUUAUUUUUUAUAAAUAAAUUUACAUGAUUUGAA